AGGAGAAGAAGAAGAAUAGAGGGAGAAGAGAACUCGAUAAAUUAUCGUCAGAGCGAUCGAUCGACCUGACCGCCGGCUCUUCUCGUCGUCGUAUCGUUCAACGACAGGCGUCAUUCGUCUAGCUUACCGGUCGUUCGGUCUUAGGAGACGAACACGGACAAUCGACUUCGUUUAACCUGCCGCACGACGUGCCGAGAGAAAGAGAGGAGAGAGAGAGAGAGAGAAAGAGAGAAAGAGCGUCAAAAAUAGUAGAUGGAAGGCGAAGCUCGAGCGUCUACCGUGUCGGUACGCGACUUGUAUAAUAAUAAGAGUCGUCGGGAUCGAGUAAACACGUUCCUAUCGAACGAACGUUUAACGCUGCUUCAAGAAAACGAUUACUUGGAGAUGUUAUUGGUAUCGUUAGUUUCAAGAGCGAGAUAGAGAGGGAGAGAGAGAGAGAGAGAGAGAGAGAGAGAGAGAGAGAGAAAAGAAAAAUAUUUUUCUCACGAUAGUAAGAAAUCUUUGCUAUUAACUAGGCCGCGUCGUGCCGACACGUGCCACUUGCCUCCGGUGGGUCGUACGUAUUUUUAACGAACCGACGGAUUCCUGGCUAUGGGGUCGGCGAUGGCCGAGAAUAGCAGAUUUCGUUUCUGCUUAUGUAGCCGCCCGAGAGAAACGAGAAUGGAGUGAAAGAACGAAAGAGCGAGAGCGAGAACGAGAAAGAGAAAGAUAGAGUGGGAGAGGCGCGUAUUAUAAUCGGCCGAGCCCUGUACGCCAGAUGGUACCAGCUGGAUGACGCACCGAAGUUGAAAACAUCCCGUCUCCGGCGCGAUUCCGCCCACGGAAUCACUCGCGGAGGAAACGAUCGCCUGGUGUAAUGGCGGGCUCCGAGAGAGACGCUGGAUUCUGCAGCGGUGGCGACGAGGACGACAUGUCUGGCUUGCACUCGCCGAGUGCCUCCGAGGACAGCGUCGAGGUUCAAGUGAUACCGAUUUCCUUGAGAAACAAGAGAAAACUCGCCGAACCGAGAAAGAUACAGGAGCCGAGUACGGCACCGUUGAAGAAGAGGAGGUUCGAGCAAAUCGAGGAAAGGGUCGUUGCGGACGAAGAAUCGAGACCAGCCAGAUCGCCGAGUCCUUUCAGACCUUGGAGCAGCACGUCGAGCAAAAGUAACGAGACGAAGACGACCACGACGAAAACGGCGUCUUCGACUACGACAACGUCGAACGGCAACGCUGUUUCUACGAUCGUAUCUGCCACGUCGAGCGAUGCUCGAGGAGUAGAAAGAGAAGAGGAGGAAGAGACCAGAAGAAGAGAAGAAACUAGAAUCGAAGAAGAAGCGUUGCUGAGGUUACGAGAGACGAGCAACCGCAGGCCCGAUUCUCCGAUUCAAGUUCGUAACGCGAUUCCGAGACGAGAGGUACGUCAGAGGUUCGAACAACCGGCACCUACGAGUAGUUCUCCGGGUCCUCUCGCACCCGGUAUCGUUCUUCCUUCCCAUCCGAAACUUCAAGAGGAACCACUGGCACUCGUUUUGAGAGGAGAAAUUCCAAGAGUGCCUUCGCAUCCGGCCGUCAGUGGAACGUACGAGAGAGUACCACCGUCUUACCCGGUCGACGGCCACCAUCAUCAACAGCCGCAUCACCAUCAUCAUCACCAUCACCAUCAUCAUCAUCAACAUCACCCUGUACCACCGCAUCGGCAACAAAGUCAUCAAUCUCCAGCCACGCAACAGACCAAUCACUCGAGGCAUCACCAGGGCAACGGUGCCGGAGGAGGGAGCGGCCAACAACGUAACUACAAAAAUAUGACUCGCGAGAGACGGAUCGAAGCCAAUGCCAGAGAAAGAACGCGGGUUCACACUAUAAGCGCCGCUUUCGACACCCUCAGACGAGCUAUACCUGCUUAUUCGCACAAUCAAAAGCUUUCGAAGCUCUCUGUCCUUAGGAUCGCAUGCAGUUACAUCAUGACUCUAAGUAAGAUCGUCAACACCCCCGAAGGCGAAUCUACGACCGGCGCGUCUCUCGGUGCCUGCGUCGAUCUCGUCUCCAGAACGAUUCAAACCGAAGGGAAGCUCAGAAAGAGGAAAGACGAUUAAGAAGAGAGAGAGAGAGAGAGAGAGAGAGAUUCUUCUUUGCUUUUUUAGAUGUAGCAUCUAAAACGCGAAGCUCUAUCGAAGAUGAAAAGCGUGUCCGAUGCCCUAGUUUCGAAGCGUCGAAUUGCAAGAAAACUCUAAAUCGACGUUUCUACGUUACAUCCUCCUUGGCAAAUUUAUAUACAUAUUGCUAUAAUAAGAACGAAGAUUCUACUAUAUUUAUCCGAUUCAUCCAUCGUCGUUUUUUCGGUAAACGAAUUUGACGAUGAUCCUUUUGGAGAUACAAAUUGUUCUUGUAACGGAUUUAAGGCUUAUUUCUAGACGUUUAUUCGCCGUGAGUCGAGGGAUCUGCGAACGGUCGAAUUAUUUAAAAACGCAUUUACACUUUAACGAAAAAGUAAGACAAUAAAUACCAAUCGCUAGAGCUCGAUAUUUGACUGCUCGAACUCCUCUUGGAUAUUGUUUCGGAAACCAUCGCGAUCUCGAAUGGUUUUAUUCGUACUUAACUUGUAUUCAGCGAGCUUCGAAUAACAUUGUCGCGUGAAAUUGCUUUUAAUUUCGUUUGAAUCUAGAUUUUUGUCGGAACGAAUGGUACAAAAAUUCCGAUCGUUGCUCGUAUGAAAACUACAUGAAAAAUUAUUGAAGAAUAGACACUUUUCGUAUGUAAGUAGAUUCAAAUUUGAGAAAUGAUUUUGGAAAUGAUGCGUGCGUAGGGAUCGUGGUUCUGAUUCGCGUUUGUCUUUUGUACGGACAAGAAAGAAGGAGAGAAAAAGAGAGAGAAAAAGAGAAAGAGAGAGAGAGAGCGAGAGAGAGAGGGAGAUCUCGCUCCUAAUUAAAACAAUAGUGACGAUGAUAAUAUCGAGCGGUACACACAUACAUCGAUGCGAGCUCUAAUAAAAUUUAAGUUAAUCGCUAAAACGCGUGUAAAUAUAUUACUCCGAGUUGCCAUAAAUAGGCUACGCCGUGCAUAUUAGUUACGUUAUUACAAAUAAGAAUAUUAUUGUCGAUAUAGAAUAUAUUAUAAAAAAAAAAUAUGAUAUAACGCGCGAACGAGAAGACGACGCGCGUUGUUACGCGUCGAUCGGCCGCUCGCGUCGCAGCGAUUGUCCGCUGAAUGUCCUGUAUGUACCUUUUUACGUUCUAAGGUAACCUCGCGUUUGAAAACGAAGUUCAAAUAAAUUGCAAUUGUGGAGAAAAAUAA